AUGUCGAAAAUGGGGGAACCGUCGUAUCUGCCUAUUCCUGGGCCUCCUGGGCUUCCACUGCUGGGCAACAUCAAUGCCAUCGACGCUGAAGUUCCGAUCAAAAGCUUGGGGUUACUGGCUGAUCAAUAUGGCCCCAUCUACCAGCUGAACCAACUCGGAAAGCCGACCAUCUUCGUCAGCUCCCACGAACUGGUCGACGAAUUAUGUGAUGAGGAACGCUUUCACAAGGCCUUGUCGGUCUCUCUGAACGAGGUUCGCAACGGGACUCAUGACGGUCUGUUCACGGCCAACUGGCCGGGCGAUGAGAACUGGGCCAUCGCCCACCGCGUCUUGGUGCCGGCUUUUGGGCCCAUUUCCAUUCGGGGGAUGUUUGACGAUAUGUAUGAUCUUGCUUCUCAGCUCGCCAUGAAGUGGGCGCGUCAAGGCCCCAAGGAACCAAUCCAGGUGACAGAGGACUUUACCCGCCUUGCUCUAGAUACCAUUGCGCUGUGCGCCAUGGGGACCCGCUUCAACUCCUUCUACCAUGAGGACAUGCAUCCGUUUGUCAAGGCGAUGCUGGGCCUGCUGUCGGGCUCCUUUACGCGCUCGCGUCGUCCGAACCUGUUGAACAAUCUCCCCACGCGCGAGAAUAACCAGUACUGGACGGAUAUCGCCUAUCUGCGCGAAUUGUCCCGGGAACUGGUCGACGAUCGGAAGAACAAUCCGCAGGACAAAAAAGACCUGCUGAAUGCCUUGAUCCUAGGCCGAGACCCGCAGACCGGCCAGGGGCUUACCGACGAGUCCAUCAUCGAUAACAUGGUCACCUUCUUGAUCGCCGGCCACGAGACCACCUCCGGCAUGCUCUCUUUCCUCUUCUACUACCUGCUCAAGAACCCGCACGCGUACCAAACCGCCCAGGAGGAGGUCGACAGGGUGAUUGGCCGGCGCAAGAUCACCGUCGAGGACCUGCCCAAGCUGCCCUACAUCAAUGCCGUCAUGCGCGAAACCCUGCGUCUUUCCCCCACCGCCGCCGCCAUCACCAUUGGUCCGCAUCCGGAAAAGAACAAGGAGGACCCCAUCACCAUCGGCAAGGGCAAGUAUGUCAUUAGCAAGGACCAAAUCAUCGUCCUUCUCCUCGGCAAGCUGCACCGCGACCCCGAGGUCUGGGGCCCGGACGCCGAGGAGUUCAAGCCCGAACGCAUGCUGGAUGAGAAGUUCAACAAGCUGCCCAAGAACGCCUGGAAACCAUUCGGCAACGGCAUGCGUGGCUGUAUCGGGCGCCCCUUUGCCUGGCAGGAGGCCCAGCUGGUCAUCGCCAUUCUCCUACAGAACUUCACCUUCCAGAUGGACAACCCGAGCUAUGACUUGCGUAUCAAGCAGACCCUUACCAUUAAACCCAAGGAUUUCCACAUGAGAGCCACUCUGCGGCAUGGCAUGGAUGCAAGCCAAAUCGCCGUCGCUCUAAAUACCGGCGGUUCUCAAGCCACUGCUUCCGCAAAAAAAAAGUCAUCCGGCAAGUCUCACCACGGCGCUGCCCCUGGCGCGGAAGGCAAACCCAUGUAUAUCUUUUACGGUAGCAACAUGGGCACCUGCGACACGUUUGCCAGACGCUUGGCUGACGACGCCGUUGACUACGGCUUCUCCGCCCAGAUUGGCCCUCUGGAUUCGGCCAUGCAGAAUAUCCCCAAAAAGGACCCUGUCAUCUUCAUCACCGCAUCCUACGAAGGCCAACCCCCGGACAACGCCGCCCAUUUCUUCGAAUGGCUGAGCGGCCUCAAGGGCAACGACUUGGAGGGCGUCAACUACGCCGUGUUUGGCUGUGGUCAUCAUGAUUGGCAAGCUACCUUCCACCGGAUCCCCAAGGCUGUGAACCAGUUGGUCGAAGAGAAUGGCGGAACACGUCUUUGCGAGAUGGGACUGGCUGAUGCGGCCAAUUCUGACAUGUUCACCGACUUUGACGGCUGGGGGGAGUCAAUUCUGUGGCCGGCCAUCGCUGCCAAAUUCGGCCAGUCCGCUGCGUCCAAGGAUGCAUCCAAAACCCGGUCCGGAUGGCAGGUGGACGUCAGCUCUGGGAUGAGGGCGUCGCUGCUGGGUCUGCAGCUGGAGGAAGGCAUCGUGCUGGAGAACCAGCUGCUGUCGCAACCGGGUGUGCCCGAGAAGCGGAUGAUCCGAUUCAAGCUGCCGACAGAUAUGACCUACCAGUGCGGGGAUUACCUGUCUGUGCUCCCCGUCAACCCGAACGCGGUCGUUCGCAAAGCGAUCAGUCGCUUCAAUCUGCCCUGGGACGCGAUGAUGAAGAUCCAAAACACGGCGCAGAGCUCAACCGUCCCCGCCUCCAUCCCCGUCGACACCCCGAUCUCCGCCCUGGACCUGCUCUCGACUUAUGUGGAACUGUCCCAGCCGGCCUCCAAGCGAGACCUGAACAUUCUCGCCGACGCCGCGGCCACCGACCCGGACACCCAGGCGGAACUCCGUUAUCUCGCCGCGAGCCCGACGCGCUUCACGGAAGAAAUCGUCCGGAAACGCGUCAGUCCGCUGGAUCUGCUCAUGCGUUUUCCGGCCAUCAGCAUGCCCAUCGGCGACUUCCUCUCCAUGCUGCCGCCCAUGCGUGUCCGGCAGUACUCCAUCUCAUCGUCGCCGCUGACCAACCCGUCGGAGUGCACCAUUACGUUCUCUGUACUCAACGCCCCCUCUCUGGCAUCCGGUGGCCACCCCGAAGAGCAACAGCCACUCUUCUUCGGUGUCGCCUCGACCUACCUAUCCGACCUGAAAGUAGGCGAGCACGCGCACAUCACCGUCCGGCCCUCACACACGGGGUUCAAGCCCCCGUCGGACCUGCAGACACCGAUGAUCAUGGCCUGCGCGGGGAGCGGGAUCGCGCCCUUUCGCGGCUUCAUCAUGGACCGGGUCGAAAAGAUCCGCGCCAGACAGACGACGGCGGCGGCGGCGACAACGACCGCCGGGGGUGAUGAUGCUCGACCGGCCAAAGCGAUUCUCUAUGCAGGCUGCCGCACGCAGGGCAAAGACGACAUCCACGCCUCGGAGCUGCGCGAAUGGGAAGAGACCCUUGGCGCGGUCGAGGUGCGCUGGGCAUACUCGCGGCCGACGGACGGGGGUGCACCACGCCACGUACAGGACCGGAUGCGCGAGGACCACGCCGAGCUGGUCGCGCUGUUUGACGCCGGGGCGCGCAUCUACGUGUGCGGCAACACGGGGGUGGGCAACGGGGUGCGCGAGGUGUGCAAGGAGAUGUUCCUGGUGGAGCGGAGACGGCGGAUAGCCACCGCUGCUGCUACGGGUGACGAGGGGAUCCUGACCGAGUUUGAUGAUACGAACCUUGAUGAGGAAGAAGCCGCGAGGAAGUUUUUCGAGAGGAUCCAGGCUAAGGAGCGGUAUGCCACGGAUGUUUUUACUUAA